AUGGUUGUCCCCUUGCCGGCGCUCUGCCACUCGAUGCUGCUCCUCUAUCGCGCACACGCGGCGCCGCAGCUCGGGCCACUCAUGCCCUGGCUUUGCCCAUCCAGUCCUACCUCACUCGACCCCCUCUCCCCCUUCUCUACCCGCUUCCUCGUAGGCGUCUCUCUCGUCGUGGCCGGGACAGCCCUCCGCAUCCUGUCAUACCGCGCGCUCGGAUCGCUCUUCACAUACGAGGUGUUCGUCAAAGACGACCAUCACCUCGUGAACACCGGCCCGUACAAGUUCGUCCGCCACCCCUCCUACACCGGAGUCGCCCUGUUACUCCUCGGGACGCACCUUAUCCACUUCGGAGAUGGAGGGUACGUGACGUACUGCGGCGUUGCCGCGACGCCGAUGGUCUUCUUCGUGCACCUUUGGAGAUGGGCGGCGCCGUUCGCGGUGGUGUCACUGAGUCGGCGGUGUCGUGUGGAGGACGAACAGUUGCGCGAGCGGUUUGGGGUGAAGUGGGAGAUGUAUCGGGAGACGGUACCUUAUGCUCUUGUUCCUUUCAUCUACUAG